UAUCCAUUCUCUACCUUCCCUCUGUAUCCUUGUUUUAUUUUCCUCCUCUUUUUUACCUUCAAUUUACCACCUACUUAAGCCUUAUCACUUAGGUACAUUUUAGAGACCAAACAUGACUCAUUGAAUUAACAAAAAUAAAUUAAUUAUCCUCAUUUAAGUAUAUGAUUUUGUCAACACUCAAGAACUUCACAUUAUUGUUAAAAAGUAGACCAAGUCCUCUGUUUUCCUCUGUUCUGCCCUGUUUUUGCUCUGUUCUUUUAUUUUUAGCAUAUUGUUUCUAAACCAACAUGACCUUAACCUCUACUUUGUAUCAAGGUCUGCAAUCUUGUCUAGAGCCUACACUUCUUGAACCGCGCAUUCUAAUGAACAAAUUAACUCCUCCUAAAUCAGAUUUCUCACAACCAACCACAUUGCCACAAAAAUCGAAAAUAGGUCAACAAGAAGGUGAAAUUGAAGAAGAGAAUGAAGAAAAUGACAAUGUUGGUGGCUGGAGCUUUAUCCAUGCACUAGAAAAUCCUUGUCAAUACUCGAGAAAAGGCGAUGCAGAGGACAGAGUCUAUGUUCAUCCUCUGGUGAAGCCCUGUUCUCUCAAUACAAAGAGUUUGGAAAUGUGCACUGAAAGCUUAGGAAGCGAAACUGGCAGUGACAUUUGUGAAAGCAUAGAAGAAUUCUCUAAUUAUCACGGAGUUCAACGAUCAAAAUGUAGAGAAUUCGCGCAAAAAUUCAACAGGACAGCUAGUUUUCCACCUCCAUUAACUUCAAUGAGUGGAAAUGAAGGUGUCCAAGUUAGGCCACACCGCGAAGACGGUCGUUUAAUAUUAAAAGCCAUGACAAUCACUUCUUGCAACUCUAAUUUCCAAGCUGAACGCGCUAAUGGUAGGCUCAGGCUUUCGUUGUUAAUACCUGAUGAAUGUAGCCAUGGAGAAGAAGAUGAAAUUAGCCAAGAGAAUGAACAUGGAAAUGAUGAAGAUAUUGGUGGUAGGAAAUUAGGAAGUGACAUUGUGGUAGGAGAGUAUUCAAGACCAAGAAGAUGCAAAACAAGUGGGAUUAGGAAUAAAGGGAUUCCAAGUUGGGAGCCAUUUUGGGUGGCUAUUUCCUAAAGGCUAGAGAAGUUCUUUUUGGAGCUUUAGUAGUUGAAGAAAUCUCUCCCCCUCUCACUAGUCUUUCCUCAUCACUGUUGCUACUACUAUGUUUUUUUUCUGAUUUUUAUUUUGCUACUACUAUGUUUUUUUUUUCUUCUUUUUUUCGAUUUGAUUAUGUAACCGGUAGUUAUUAUGGUUAUUGGACAUACGAUCCAAUACUCUCUUUAUUCUUAGUAGUACUAACGCGUCUAUAACUUUUCGUACAACUUCCUAUUA